AUGAAGGAGCUCAAUAGCGAAUUACUAGCCUCAACUGAACCUGCUUCUGACGUGCCCUACAUCCGGCUGCAUGUCACGCCAUUAGACGUCGACCUCCUCAAAGUCGUCCUUUCGUCGGCGCUACUCCCCAAGGCGCGCAACAUAUCGUACCAUACAAUCGAGACAUUUCCUGAAAAGCGCUACGGCUUCCUCGAACUGCCGGAUGAGGACGCGACGAAACUCCGAAAGAAGCUCAACGGAUCGGUGCUGAAAGGCGUCAAGAUACGCAUCGAGCCAGCACGACCGUCGGCCAUUCUCAGCCCGCUAGGCGAAGCGGCAAUGGCGAAGGAGAAGGCUUCCGAAAAGGACACCGAUGGCGUCCGGCCGCAGAAGGAUCGGAAGAAGAAGAGGAAACGGGAUGCCGACGAGCUGAGCGGCAUUGUUUUGGAAGGGGGCAGGAAAAUCAAGCGGGGCUGGACCAGCCCUGAUGAGCCUAAGGAGAAACGGUCAAAGAAAGACAAGGGCAGCAAGGAAAAGAAGGAGAGGAAGAAGCAACAAAAGUCCAAGUAUACCAGUCACCCCGAGUGUCUCGUCAAAACUGUUUUGCCGGCAAAUGUCGCAGCAUCGGUCGAUUCUCAGAGUCCCAGUCCGUCAAAGAGCAAGAAAAAGGGCAAGUCUCGUGAGGUCAUCGUGCACGAGUUUGAGAAGACCACGAAAUUUCCGACAUUUCUCAAAACGGCGGCAUCAAUCGGCCGCUCCGGGCCAGAUCUGCAUUUCGUUGAUGGGAAGGGUUGGGUUGACGAAGAGGGAAACGUUGUCGAAGCUGUGAAGACCAGGCGGCCUCAGACGUCUUACCAAUUGCCUUCGGACCGGUCAGAAGCGCGGCAUCAAGAGCCUGUCCAGGAUGCGGUGGAUACGAACAGCGCCCCCGAUGACGCAUCUGACGGAUCAUCGGAGGCGGAAAGCCCAGGCGUCACCAGUAACGACGGCCAUGCCUCCACGGCGGCGGAAAAAGAGCCUUCUUCAUCGCCCGCCUCGGUCAAAUCUGACAGUGCACAGCCAAAAUCCCCUGGUUCAGCGAGGAAUCUAUCUAUCAAGAUCCCGCCCGUUACCCCAAAGGAGCCUAAGGUAGUACACCCCCUGGAAGCCCUAUACAAACGCCCAAAGCAGCCCGAUGGCGGUGUUGCGGAGGCAGCGGCAGAUGGGCAAGGCUUCAGCUUUUUCGCGAAUGGCGAUGAGGGAAGCGGGGGUGAAAAUGAGGACGGCGAAGACACUGGCAAUGUUUUGGGUAUUCAGCUACCCAUGACGCCGUUCACUCGCCAGGACUUUGAGCUACGCGGGAUCAGAAGUGCUGCGCCCACUCCAGACACGGCCCACCCCAGCCGCAGGUUCAAGCCGUGGGAGCAGGAGGAUGGCGACGUCCGGCAAGAAGAUGAAAACGCCGCUUCUGGUGAUGACGAGGACGAAGAGCCGGAACCCUCCGGAAACCUGGCUGGUCAUGCUGCCGAAAGCGAUGACAAGCCCACGAGUGAUUUUCAGAAAUGGUUCUGGGAAAACCGUGGCGACCUAAAUCGAUCCUGGAAGAAGAGGAGGAAGUUGGCCGGUAAGGAAAAGAGGUACAGAGAGAAUAAGGCUCGUAUGGCACGGGCUAUCUAG